UUUCGCACUCAGAAUGGAGAUGGAAAAGGCUCUCUAUGCGUCAGUGACCCGCUAUUUACAUCAGUCUGGGGGCAUGGACCGCCUGAGAUCCGCUCUGGUGGCCCGGGCCGCACUCUCCCCUGUGCCGAAGAUCCUCAAAGUGCCCGUCUUUGUGAAUCUCAUGGAGGCGCGGGAGGUGGACGAGUGUCUGGCGGAAAUGGUGAUGACGGACCCUCUGCAAGCCCAGCAGCUGUUCCACAACGUGCUGCACGUGGCAGCCUUGUCCACCAUGUCGACCCUCCGCCCGUGCAUCACCUCGGGGGACGACCACUGCCCGCCGGCACCUACGACCGCCCUGCCGAUCCUCAACGACCACGUGUCGCUCUAUCCACAGGAGGAGAAGGAUAAAGCGGGCAAAGAUGAGGAAAUUGAAUCAGUGGAUUUUGAUCUGUCCCUCCAGUGUCUGUCGCCUGAAGGGUCCCCCGGUUCCUCUCUGGCUGACGAGACGGAGACCCUCACCGCGGCUCAGAUUUACGCCCCGCUACGCGUGAGCGGGAUUCCUUGGGUCAAGGAGUGGAUGGUUAGUAGCGUGCGGGAUCUGCCCUUGCAUCUGAAAGAGCCGAUCCUUGGUUUGCUGGCCGGAAGGAUUUUGGCCGUAUCCUUGCCGCAGUCCUACACAGUCUGGGCGAGGUAUGUCUGCAGCAACCCGGGCUGCGCUGGCACAUUGAAGGACAUCCACGUGAGAGUCUUCAGUGUCGGGCACGGCGAGGCGGACACAGUGUAUCAUGAUCGACUCUGCAGGGUGUGCGGCUUCUCCUUGGAGGAGGACCCUUCCUCAAGGGAGCUCGGCGAGAAGGUGCAGGUGGUGCUCGUGCCGGCCGAAUGCUCGAGCCUCACGAAGCCGCAGGCAGAGUACGCCAGGUUUCAGACGCUUACUCUCGUCCUCAGGGAUGAGAUGCUACAGGGCGUGGAGCCAGGCCAGGGCCUCGAGGCCACGGUGAUGAUGGUGCCGAGGGCGUUCCCGGCGCUGCCAACGCUGGAGGCCCUGGUCGUCCAUCCGCCUCGACCCCUCAGGCCGCAUUUCACGCUUCCGUCUUUUUUCAGACACCUGGUCGAAGACAGAAAGUCAUCGCCAUGGUCACUGGUGGUGACACUGGCAUACAUGUUCGCAUCUACGGUGACACCCGCGGGCACCUUCCACACCUUCAAGUUGGCUCUUCUUCUCUCCCUCGCCUCUUGCUCGUCGUCUAAGGCAGGCCUGGCAGUCCUCGGUGUGGGUAGCAAUACAACCCUCCUACUACGACUCCUUCGGUAUGGUGGUCGCUACGCCCCUUGCAAGGUCGACCACUCCCCCCUGGACUCUGUGUGUGGCGUGUGUGUGAAAGACCCCGAUGGCGAGGUGUGGGUGCAGGGAGGAUCUUUGCUCAUGGCCCACGGGGGCGCCUGCGUCCUGGGGGACUUCUCUACCUUCAGGAAGGACGUCAGGCAGUCAGUGUGUCGAGCUCUUGAGUGUGGCGUAGUUCAUGUGCAGUCCCCGUCUCACCUCCGUCACAAAACGCCGCCUGUUAAGUACCCACUUCGAGCUGCAGCGUGGGCGUGCUACGAUCCCGCCCAUGGACGCCGACGAACCUCCACCGAACAUGACGAUACCUUUCUCCAUGUUCCACUCGGAGACCUUACAAAGUCUAUCACUGACAUUUUUGGAUUGGUGAUAUACUGCGAGACGCCUGAUGGAGAAUGUGAGAGAGAGGCAGAAGAAGUGAUCACUUUACAGACCCUCCUGGACAGCACGAAUCCCGAGGAGCUCACUCAACCUCUGCUUCCGCCCGACCAACUCCGGCAGUUUCUCUGCAUAGCACGAAGUCUUGAUGUAGAAUUCAGCCCGGAGGCAGAAAAGUUAAUACGCGGAUACUAUGUAGCCACUCGGAGACUUCGUGGCGAUUGCGUACAAGGAGCUUCUGUGCCUAUUACAGCCAUAGACACACUGGCUAAAGUAGCAUCCUGUCAUGCUCGCCUAGCCUUGCGCAAGACAGUAGAAAGUUGGGAUGCCGUUGUAGCUGUGAUGCUGAGCGAGGAGGCCCUAGCAGCUCACUCCGGAUACUCUCUGCUGCAGGUGAAACCCACUCCUCAUCUCCCAACGCACUGUGAUCUCCACUCUAUAUUAGGAAGAAAGAAUGAUGAACGUAUGCUUCAUUUCCAAAGACAACUGGAGGACUAUAUAUUGACUCACACAGGCGAUAUUUCUUCAGAUCUCUGAGAAUCUUCCUUGAAACUAAUACAGGAAUAUGAUAUAGUACAAUUUGGUUUGUAAUUUAGCAGCACCAAUGAAAGAAACUUUAUAAAGGAUGCACAUGUUUGAGUUUCAAUAACACUCAAAUUUUCAAUUAUCAUUAAGUGUUUAUGCUUUUCUUUGUAAAAAUGAAGGCUCACAGAAUACAUUUCCCUAACAUGUUAUUUUUUGAGUGCUAACAUGCAGUAUGAAGGCAUUUAAUAGGUUAGCUUCUUUAUUUUAUACCUACAUAUUUCGUCAAAUCUAAAUUUGUUUUAUGAUUGGGCUCUUGUACAUCUGUUUCUCAUAUCUUACCAUUUCAUGUACAAGAAAACAUUUAAAAAUCAAACAACUGAAGGAAAAAUUAUAUAUCAUUUUGCACUUAAAUGAACUGGAUGUUUCUGAAUGCCAUGAAAUACUUUUAU